AAGAAGCAAAAGAUGACGACCUAGAAGAAGAAGAAGAAUAGUGUAAACUUGUUCUCUUUCGCAGUGAUUAGGAUGUUUUUCCCGUAAAAGUGGCGUUUGUAAGUGAUAACCAGAGUUUUGAGCGUUAUUUCCUCCAGAAGAUGCAGCAAGUGGACGAUCCCCCGUAUUUGUCUGUGGGCACGGAGGUUAGCGCUAAAUACAAGGGGGCUUUCUGCGAGGCAAAAGUGCGCAAAGUGGUGCGGAACAUAAAAUGCAAGGUGGCGUACAAACAGGGCCUCGGUUCCGGAACUGUCUCCGAUGAUCAGAUCAAAGGGGGCUUGCUGCGUGUCGGUGCCACGGUGGAGGUGAAGCAUCCGGACAGGAGGGAAUUUGUCGAGGCUACAAUCACCAAGAUACAGGAUUGCUCGCAGUAUACUGUUGUGUUUGACGAUGGGGACAUUACGACACUCCGGCGGAGUGCCCUGUGCCUCAAGAGUGGUCGGCAUUUCAAUGAGAGUGAGACACUGGAUCAGUUGCCACUGACGCAUCCAGAGCACUUUGGGAAUCCCGUUGUGGGUGGCCGUCGGGGCAGGAGAUCGAGGCAAAUGCAGGAUGACAGUUCGGAUGAUGAGGAAGAUGUGGAGAGUACCAAACCGACGCCCCAUGAGAAGGAGGAGAAUAUCGGGAAGGUGGUUUGUGUGGAGAGUACGGACACCAAGAAGAAGUCACAGAAGGAAAAUUGGUUUCCGGGUCUUGUGGUGGCACCCACGGCUCAGGACACGGUUCGGAUACGCGUGAAGGAUGAGUAUUUGGUGAGAUCGUUUAAGGACGGCAGGUACUACACGGUGCCCAAGAAGGAAGCCACCCAGUUCACGCGGGAACAGGCUCAAAAGCAAGAUGGCGUGGCUGUUCAGGCGGCUCUUGAGUACCUGGACAACAAUACCCUGCCACCCCAUUGGGACAGGGAUGCCUUGUUUGGGAUAUCUGCCAGUUCCAGUGACUACGAGCAGGAAUUCGAUUCGGAUAGUUCGGAUGAUGAGCCACGGGAGGAGAAGGAUCAUUUUGUGGCUCAACUGUACAAGUACAUGGAUGACAGAGGGACUCCCCUGAACAAGGGACCAUCCAUUGUCAACAGGGACAUCGAUCUGUAUCGUCUGUUUCGGGCUGCCCAGAAACUCGGUGGCUACAAUCGGGUCACGAGUCAGAAUCAGUGGAAAGCCAUUGCACUCAGGCUGGGAUUUGUACCGGCUACCACGAGUAUCACGAAUCUCGUGAAGCAGGCCUAUAAGAAAUUCCUGCAGCCUUUUGAGGAGUUCAACCGGAAAUUGGGCUGUACAAUGGUGGCACAUCCGCGUGCUAAUAGAAUCAAGGGCAGGAGUCUGGUGAGGGCAAAUUCGGUGGCAUCGCCAAAACCUGUAGAUCCCAAGGAGACCAAAUCCGUCUCGUCGACAGCAACAGAUGACUUUGAUAACAGUGAAUCGAGCUCUGAGCCAACCAAGACCAAGCGGAAGUUGUCCACAAAUAGCGGCAAUGGCAGUGGAGUGGUCAGGACAAAAGCUGCUGCUGCUGUCGUGGAGAAGAUUGAGGAGAAGCCACCCAAGGAGGAGGAACCUGAACCGCCUCCGGUCAAGCCGACGACGGUCAAGGGAAAGGCCAAAGUGGAAAAAGAAGUUAAGGAUGAGGCACCACCGGCAAAGGCAGCCAAAGCUGCAGCUGCAACUCCCAAAGAGGAUUCCGGAAAGGCACAAGAAACUGCAGUGACUCCCACAAAUACCGCCAAGAAGGACAAACCACCGUCCAAGGUGAAGAAUGAGGAGAAACGGGGCAGGAAGAAGAAGGAUUCCGAAGCUGGUGAUAAGACUGAUGCCAAGGAGACAAAGAGUGAUUCCAAGAAAUCCACAGAAUCCACAGAUGAUUUUCCCGUGGAAGUUGGAGAUAAGCUCAAUGUGUACUAUCACGAAGAGACUGUCACGUACGAAGCAAAAGUGAUUGAGAAGUCCACACAGAAUGGCAAUCCCAUCUUCCUGGUGCACUACACCGGAUGGAAUACGCGCUACGAUGAAUGGGUGCCCAAGGAUAGAAUCGUGGAGAAUCUGACCAAUAAGCAGAAACGCACAAAAAGCUCCACGGCAAAAAGUUCACCGGCUGUUGAGAAAGCUCCUGCUUCGAUGCCACCGACAAAAUCUGCAGCUAAACGGGGUCGAGGAGGAUCCCGGAGUGAUUCUCAGCCACCAAGAUCCACAACACCAUCAUCCAUUACGUCAAAUUCCAGCCGGACCAAGAGUCCAGCCACUCCAGCUCAACGGAGAACCACACGAGGGCAGCCACAGAAUCUCCGGAGGACAUCCAAUAACACAGACAUCUCCUCCCUUCACACGGAAUCCGACACGGAUUCCGAUGAACCCGUCAAAAAACCCAGUCGAGCUACAACUUCCUUCACAAUUCCCGGAAAAGCCGGUUCUGGCACAGUUCCGCAACUUCCAGAGGCCAUAGUUCCCGUAGUGGCCAUGAGAAAUGUCGGCAAGGAGCUACAGGCCCUCAAGGACGAAGAAGAAGCCACCAAGGGCAGAGAUUACGAUCUCAAUCAGAUUCGGUCGGAAAUGAAGGGUUUCAAAGAGAUGAAGUCUCCAUCUCCCGAAGCAGCAGAACAAUCACCAACAUCCAGUUCUCAUCAUGAUCACAAGACCAGCCUGUUUGAUCUGUCAGACUCCAAUACGGAUUCCAGUGAGCAGAAGAGUGAUGUGAUCAAGGGGAAAGUCACCACAACAACUUCAUCAUCAGAAUGUGAUUCCUUCGGUGAUGAUGAUUCCCAAUCAUCGGAGAAAUUGUCGCGAGUGGAGAAGCCACAGGUGCCCCCGGUGAAGGAGAAAAUCACCAAGAAACAGACCCAGAGUGAGAAGAAGAAGGAGGCUGAGUUGCUGGCAGAGAAGAAUGUGACUAAAGUGGCAGUUAGUGUGGAGAAGAUGGAGACAAAGGCAUUUACGGGGAAGGGGCAGUUGAAGGGGAAUCUCAUGGAGAAGAAGAAGGAGGAGAAAGGGGCAAAAUCGACAGAGGCAACACCGGCUAAAAAGACUCCAGCAGCCAAGGAGAAGACUCCCACGGCAAAAGGUGAGAAGAAGACUCCUGCUGAGAAGACCAAACCCCAGGCUACUCCUAAAUCAGCUGAAAAGGCCUCAAAGGCUGCUGCUGCUGCGGCUGCUGCUGCUGCUGCUGCUGCCGCUGCUGCUCAGCAAGAUAAAGUCCCCGCUACGGCAUCAAAGGAAGCUCCAACGGAGGGAGAUGUUUAUGAAUUUAAGGAACCGGAACCAUUUGAAUUUGAAGCUGCUAGUGCACCUGCAGCACGAAAAAUUCCAACACCAGCUGCUGCCGCUGCUGAAGCCACUGUACCAGCACCGGCAGAGAAGAAGGGUGGGAAAAAGGCACGUCAGGCACCAACGGAAGAGGGAGGAGAGGUGAAGGCAAGUCCAGCUGCGAAGAAGGCCAAGAAGACACCGACAAAAGGUCAAGAAGUUGAAAAGGCGACAAAGCCUGCAAAGAAGGAUGAUAAUCUUGAUGCUUUGAUUCCUGUUCAUUUGAUUCCCAUCCCAAAUGUUAAACAGGCGUCACCUGUUCAGCAACCGGCAAUGUCUACAACUCAGGCAGGUCCAUCGGAUCCCUUUGAUGCUCUCAGGAAGAGUCCUAGUUUCAAUUUGGCCAAUACUUUGAGUAGUACAUCACCGGAUAUUGCUGCAAUGUCCUCAGGGCCGGAACAGCCUUCAAUAUCGAAAUUACCAAUUUUUACUGAUGAUAAAUUCUCAAAGUUAUCAGCUGAUGUUAAGCGUCCCCUUGAGGGGGGGUCCUUCAAGAGUCCGGCUUUUGUGAAUUCCUUUACAAAUGUCCUAGAUGCUCCAUGUCAAUUUGGGGGAACAAUUAAGGAUGUUUUCAAGGGGAAUGAAGAUGACAAAACACGAAUGGAUGCAGCUAAGGAUUUGGAAACGGUAAAAAAGAUGUUCCUGACAUCUGAGUCACCCUUUGAUAUGGUUGAACCACCGAAGAUUGAUGUACCAUCAAUUGCUGAUAAGAUUCUCAUGAAAUCCUUGAAUACUCAGCAACAAAGUGGCGCGGAGGUGAAAACGGAAGAAUCCCAAUCAUCUCCAGCUGCAGCUUCUGGAUCUGGGAGUGCAUUGAAGUCACCAGAAUUGCCGAAUUUGAUUAAAACUGAACCUGUUCCAGCUCCAGCUGCGGUUAAAUUUGAGAUUCCGCCGGUUGUUGUUAAGAAGGAAGUAGUGGAAGUGGCACAUCCAAAGGUGAAGACACCAGCAGCAGUAUUGGCAAGUUCAGAAGCUGGAAAGGUAGAUCCGGAUAUGCCACCGAAAAAUAAUGAUCUCUGUGAGACAAUUCAGAAAUUGGAAUCGGCCAUUCAGAAAUCAUCAAAUCUCAAUCGUUUCACUGAAGAUUCAUCCGAUAGCACGGAUUCGGAACAGAGGCUGGUGAUUGAAGAUGAAUCCCAUAGUUCAGAGGCUGUUCAGGUGAAGGAGGCAGCGGCGGCGGCGGACAAGAAGGAAUCGCAGCAGCCAGUGAAAGUGGAAAAACCUCUGGCAGUUCCUCCCUUGAAGGUCGAUAGUAUUACAUUGAAGGAGGAGAGUUUGUCAUUUGCAACGAAAUUCCAGGAAUCCCUGUAUGGGAUAAAAUCUCCAGAACAUCCAACUCUUGUGCCCAAACUCACGCAAAUCCAGCCAGAAAAGGAUCCAUCGGCGGCAACUCUCAAGUCUCCUCCGACUGAAGAUGUCAAACCCGAUUUGACGUGCAAGGAGUCCUUUGAUGAUUUCUUCGUGGAAAAGAAGGAGGCACCAUCUGAAGGUGGUGGUCAGAUAAAUGAAUCAAUCAGUCUACUUCUCUGCGAAGAAACUAUCCCAUGUAGUCCAGUGGCAAGUGGACAUCUUCGGGAGGCAGGCGAAAGUGCAAAGAGGCUUCACAAUCCUCAUCCCAUAACAGCUGACAUCAAGCCCGUUCCCAUGGACAUUGAGACGACAGAAGUGAAGGUUGAACCUCAAAGGACACCCAAUAGUUCCCCUCGGGAUUCCAUUAGUCCGGAUGAUAGACAUGAAGAGACGGGAACCCAGAAGAAACGAAGGCGAGUCAGGAAAUCAUCAGAAUCCGAAGCAACGUUGCCCAAGAGACGAAAAGCAGUCACCAGGAGAACGGUGACUUCGACGACAAAUGGAUCAGAUAGUGAGGAUAAUUCUGAUCCCAAUACAGUCCAUAGGACACAUUUGAGAAGAUCUCCCAAGCCAUGUCAGUACAAUUUCCUCGUGCAAUUAGAUCCAGCCCUGAAUAGCAGCCAGCGUAUUGCGAUUUUGAAGAAGAAGAUCCAGGAAUUGCGCAAGACGUACAAUCAGAUCAAGGCGGAACUGGCCAGCAUAGAUAGGCGCCGGAAGAAGCUUCGACGGCGCGAGAGGGAGAACAAGAAGAAUCAGCAGAAGGCUGCGGCAACAUGAAUUGCCGGAAAUUGUACAUACAAAUUGGAAUUACUUUGUGUUGUAAGUAAUUUUGAUUUUUAAGUUUUUUUUCUCUUCUUUUUUUUUAAUUUUGUGAAAAAGAAAUAAUGAGUUUGGUGAAGCAUUGAGAAUUUUAUGCGAUUCUCUUUAUUAUUAUUAUUAUUAUUAUGAUUUUUUUCACCUUUAACUGUAACUUUCUAUGCAAAAAUCAGUGAAAAUAAAUUUCAUGUGCUAGCUA